CAUAGUCUCUGUAUAUGUAUGAUUUCGACAGCCCCCAAGGCUCAUCAGUAUGCAGCAGCUACCGAGAGGGCCUGGGGGUAUGAACGGAGGGCCAGGUCCCACGAUGUACCCUUCCUCCCACCAUAUGCGUCUCGCGGGUCCGCCCCAGGGCCGAAUGCCGACGGCUCAGCCGAGACAUAAUGGACAGCAGUAUCCCACCAUGAUGCAGCCUCAGCUCCAGAGACAGCAUUCUAACCCAGGCCAUGCAGGCCCUUUCCCGGUGGCAUCCCUCCAUAAUGCCAACCCCACAAGUCCCACCAGUGCCAGUAUGGCCGGGGCCCAUGCUCACCGCGGCCCCGCUAGCCCCAUCAUAGGUCCCAUCGAGCUCAUCCCCUCCGUCACCAAUCCUGAGAACCUGCCCUGCUUACCUGAGAUCCCGCCCAUUCAGCUGGAGGAUGCAGGUUCCAGCAACCUUGGGCACCUCCUGUCUCGCUACAUCACAGCCAGCACGCAGCAUCACCUCGGCUCAGUGGACAUGAACCCCUCACCUGGACUGUCCACACACUCACCUGGAUCUUCAGGUCUGUCGAAUGCCCACACACCAGCACGACCUUCAAGCAACUCCAGCACAGGCAGCAGAGGCAGCUCUGCAGGGAGGGCAGGGCCAGGAGGUGGAGCUGCAACAGAGCAGGUGAGGGUGAAGCAGGAGCCCGGUACAGACGACAGCUACAGCUGUCCAGCUUCUUCUCUGAAGACUGAGCGCGGCACGGAUGCCGGGAGGAGUGCCUGCAUGAUGAGCAGUCCAGAGAACAGCCCUCAUCCUGUGCUGGGAGUCGUAUCUGCCGGCCAAGACGCUCUCAAGGCUUUAGGUGAGCGCAUCAAAACGGAACCCCAAUCUGAGACGGCCUGCUCUGGACUAAAUGGCUCCAGUGCAGCCACCUCCUCUUCCUCCACUACGACCUGCACUACCUCAUUAUCAUCCGCCGCAGGCGCUCCACUCACUAAUGGAAACUUAGGCAAGGAGACAGAGACCAAAGAGGUUGGGGCCUCAGCUGGAACCGUCACCUCUGGUGGGAAAGAGGACGAUCCUAAUGAGGACUGGUGUGCUGUUUGUAUCAACGGUGGCGACCUGCUGUGCUGUGACCGCUGCCCCAAAGUGUUCCACAUGAAAUGCCACGUGCCCACUAUUAGAAUCUUCCCAACGGGGGAUUUUCUCUGCACAUUUUGCCGGAGUCUAUCUAACCCUGAGAUAGAGUACUGUGACGACAGCAAGAAAAUCAAAGGAGUCCAGGGCCUGAAUCCAGAGGACCAAAGGAAAUGUGAACGCCUCCUACUGCACAUCUUCUGUCAUGAGCUCAGCGUGGGCUUCAGGGAACCUGUUCCUAGCUCAGUGCCGAACUACUACAAGAUUAUUAAGCAGCCCAUGGACCUGAAGAAGGUGAAGAAGAGGUUGCAGUUGCGGAGUUCCCAGUAUUACCAGUCCAUCCAGGAAUUUGUGUCCGAUAUGCGCCUGGUCUUCAAAAACUGUGCAGAGUACAAUGAGAUGUCUCGAAUAAUCCAGGUUUAUGAUGAGGACAAACAGAUUAAUACGCAGGUGGGAUCAGAGAUGGAGGUAACCGGCAAAGCAGUGAGCCUGUACUUUGAGGAGAAGCUGCAGGAGAUUUUCCCAGGGCAAAGCUUCCCUGACAUUACCGAGCCGGAGUGCCCGGACACAAAGGAAAAGGAGGACGAGGAAUCUGACGACUCUGGGGAGGACUUCAUACAGCCAAGACGCAAACGGUUAAAAACGGAUGAGAAAAUUGGUCCACAUCAAGCUGUAGAAAAUCCAGCCAUGACAGGAGACUUUGGCCAAUCAGGUGAUUUUCAGAGAGAAGCUGUCAAUCACUGCUCCUGA